ACCUAAUUCUAUCUUACGCGAUAACCCCUGUUCCUAUUUCUUCCCUGUCGAUAGCCCGAGAGAGCUCUCCCGGUUCAAGUACGUACUUUUUAUACUUCCGCCCCAUUCCCUGCUGAUCCAACACCUCUACCAUUCCCCAUCGCCAAGUUGUCAACUUACUUCCAUGCUUAUGCUCCAUUUGCUGUGUGCGGUGGUGCCUGUAAAUACUCCGUAUAUUAGAAUAGCACAAAUGGAAAUUUCUCACCGAUAAAUAAAAGAUGUGAUUUUGUUUUGUUUUUGGUUAAUUGGUUGGGGAAGCUUCUAAGCUGGGUAUGCAAGUAAUGCAACAUGCAGAGUUAGUUAGGUAAUGAUUCAACGGUGGUGAUGAAGUUGUAGAACGAAUUAGGUGUACAGAUUAGGAGCUGGGUAUGCAAGUAAUCAAUUUUAUUACACUAUUGUUUAUUCGCAAUAUUGAUUAUUAUGGUAUAAAAAUCAUUAGUGUAAUAAAUUAUUAUACUGCGUAUGUGAUUUCAUAUUAUCCGACCCUUUUUCAACUCUUUUUGUCAAACUAUUCUAUUCCAGCUCUCGAUUCAGAUUCAACUCUCGACCCAUAAAGAAGAUAAGCUUAUCAGUCAACCCACUUUCUCCUUCUGCACAUCUCUGCUGUAACGCUUCCCUAUGGGCGUCGCCCCCAUAAGGCAAUAAAUUCUGGUUUCUCAUCUGUCGCCCACCUAAGCUACAUUCCAACAUCUCUCCGCCACCGGGAAAAAAUCAUUUCGAACGAAGCCUUGAAGUGUCCGAUCUCCAGGUACAAAGACACGUAUAGAUGAUGGAAGCACAGCUAGAUCACCCAUACAUUCCCAAAGAUCUAAAGUUGCCCGGUUUUGUGCCUUGUUUCCUCUCACAAUUAGACAUUGUUGGUGUGUAUGGAGUUGCUUCUCUAGUGGUUUUCACAUUCAUGUGGAUCUUAUCUGGGCGGUUCCCUAAACUAUCAAAGGGAGACAGGUUGCUCAUGUGCUGGUGGAGUUUCACAGGCCUUACACACAUGUUCCUUGAGGGUUACUUUGUCUUUUCUCCGGACUUCUACAAGAAAAAAACUCCCAUCUACUUGGCAGAAGUUUGGAAAGAGUACAGCAAGGGUGACUCUAGGUAUGCUGCACGCGAUUCUACGGUUGUUUCUGUUGAAGGAAUCACAGCAGUGUUAGAGGGACCAGCAUGUCUUCUUGCUGUGUAUGCAAUAGCUACAAGGAAGGCAUACAGGUAUAUACUCCAGGUGGCCAUUUCUUUGGGUCAGCUCUAUGGUACAGCUGUGUAUUUCAUUACAGCAAUCUUGGAGGGUGACAAUUUUGCUGCAAGCCCGUAUCAUUACUUCUGGUACUAUGUGUUUGCAAAUUCCUUCUGGGUCUGGAUACCCACAAUCAUUAUCGUCCGUUGUUGGAAGAAAAUUACUUCUGCAGUUCAUUCACAAGACCAGAUAAAGACCAAGACUCGCUGAGUAUAUCAAUAUGCACCUGCCUACCGCUUUUUACCCGCUCUUGGAUUAACGUUCAUUUGGGUUUUGUGGGAACAAAAUGAACAAUUCAAUUUAAUUUAUACUGCCUGCUGUAACACAUUUCUUUAUAGAUUUAUCCAAAUUUUAUCUGAACAAGUGUCUGCUCGAGAUAUUUACAGGGAUUCCCUUGUUGCA